AUGGCUCUGCGCCUUCUUCUGCCGCUGCUUGCGCUGGCUGCUACCCUCCUCAUCAACCAGGCUCAAGGCAUUAGCAGCUCAGCCUCAGACUGCUGUCUGAAGUACAGCCAGAGAGCUAUCCCCAGCGGUUUGGUGAAGUCCUACAGCAUCCAGGAAGCAGCAUCAGGGUGUGCUAUACCUGCUGUUGUGCUUAUCACCAAGAAGAACAAGAAAAUCUGUGCCUCUCCCACCAAUCUUGCUGUCCAGAAGCUGAUGAAGAACCUAGACAAGAAGGUCAAGAGUGACACUAAGGACAAGAAGCAGGGCCAGCGUUCACGUUCCAGGGGCAGACCCAAGCGGCAGGAGCGGCAGCAGGUCUAA